CUGCUGACUGAACCAUUAAUUAAUGAAACAACGGGUCAGAGCAAAUCUGUCAACAGAUGUGUACUGCAAGAUAUUUCAAACGUCGACUUGUCAAUGCUUGUCUCACAACCGGGGUUUGCUACACCCAAACCGAAGACAUCACUGUCACUCAGUUCACGGAGACGCAACAAACCCGUUAGUCCUAUUCCGAGGAUUUCACGAAGCCCUCGAUUACAUGUUGUACCCCCAGCUGGAAACGGUGCAAGACACUAUUUUGGAGAAAAAAAACAUCGGUCUUCAUCAGGAGAAAGGAGAAGCGAUCAAACAACGUUACGUCAAAUACCUUCUGUGUUAAACGAAUCAGUUGAUUUGUACGCUACCGGUUUUCAAAUUGACGAAGACCCCACAGCAAUCUUCAAUAAUGAUGCGUUCGUGAGGGAGUGGGACGCUCUUAACCAACCCAUACUUCCAGACAACACCGAUAAUGCUGUCUCAUCACACGGUGGGGCUGUGGUGUCAGAUGAGGAGCUGCUGCUAAACGACGCAGAGGAUGUGAUUUCGUUUAUUGAUGCUGUAUCGGAUUGUACGGAGGACGAUGCGAAUAAUCAGGAGUGUGUGGAAGAGACAGUUAUCGAAGCGGAUGAAAAUCUACCAUCAAAUCAACAGAACUUUUCCCAUGAUUUGUUGAUGGAAUUGCGUGAACAGAAUCGAUUGGCGGACGAGAAGCUGGACAUUAUUUUAGAGAAUGUCAAACGUCUUUGUGACUGCUUCCACAUGGUGAUGACAAACUCAGAAGAACAAGGAAGUCUUACACGGCUUAUUCUCGAUCGAGUUGGUGCCAAUCGCGAGAUGUUGAAUAAAAUUGAAAAGAUUCUCCAGGACGAAUUCUGA